AUGGGACUCAUGUCUACUCUUGUCCGUGUGUUUUUGAUGGGCAGUCGCUUUAUGCAGUUUGCCUGCGCUGGUAUUGUUCUUGGAGUCAGUGCCUGGUUCAUCCACCGGUAUGGAGCGAAUGGCCAUCUCAAAUAUGAUAUAAUUAUAUCCGUUCUAUCAAUCGUCUUCUUCCUUCCAGGCUUGCUCUCACCUAUAAUUAGGACACUUGGGUUUAUGACUUUCUUCAUUGACCUGGUUUUCUCCUAUCUGUGGUUGACUGCCUUCAUCUUUGCCGUACAAGACUACAGCAGGAGUGAUUGCACCAAUACUUCUCCUCGUGGUGGAAGCUGCAAGUACAAGAGACUUAUCGAAGCCUUCACCAUAGGAGCAAUGUGGUUCUGCAUCUGUUCUCUGGUCCUAGAGGUAAUGAACGUCAUGAGCCAUCACCGCGAGAAGAACUCAUACGAUGGUGGCCAUCACAAGGACAUACGUCGAUCCGGGGAUACCGGCCGCAAUGAUACGUACGGGCGGCAUAUCUAA